AUGAGCACCACAUCGACCAUCUCCGAAGCUGCGGCUGCGGCCCGUAACGCGGCCAAAGAUGCACCUCAAGCAAUGAAGGCUGCUGCCGAGAACCCUAGAAAGGCUACUCAGGACUUCCUACACGCACCCUUCGUUCGCGCCGCCUUGCCAUUCGUCAAUGGUGGUGUCGCCGGCAUGGUUGCCACAUCAGUCAUCCAGCCAAUCGACAUGAUCAAGGUGCGCCUGCAGCUUGCUGGCGAGGGUGUCAAGACUGGACCCAAGCCCACACCUCUUUCCAUCACACGCGAUAUCAUUGCCAGCGGCAAGGCUCGUGAUCUAUACACUGGGCUUAGCGCAGGACUCCUCAGACAAGCCGUAUACACCACAGCUCGUCUCGGUUUCUUCGACACAUUCAUGGCGACCUUGACCAAGAGAGCCAAGGACCAGGGCAAGGGAAUUGGUUUCGCCGAGCGAGCAGUUGCUGGUCUAUCUGCAGGCGGAUUGGCAGCCAUGGUCGGAAACCCUGCUGAUCUCGCACUCAUCCGCAUGCAGAGUGACGGUCUGAAGCCUGUUGCGCAGCGUGCCAACUACAAGUCAGUCUUCGAUGCCUUGACUCGCAUCUCGCAAACGGAAGGCGUCGCUGCUCUCUGGUCGGGUGCUGGACCAACAGUUGUGCGCGCCAUGGCUCUCAACUUUGGACAACUCGCCUUCUUCUCGGAAGCCAAGAACCAACUCAAGGAUACCUCGUUGUCGCCUCGCACCCAGACCCUGACAGCAUCGGCAGCAGCAGGAUUCUUUGCAUCCUUCUUCAGUCUGCCCUUCGACUUUGUCAAGACUAGACUGCAGAAGCAGACCAAGGGACCCAACGGCGAGGUGCAGUACAAGGGCAUGUUCGACUGCUUCAAGAAGGUCGCAGCCGAGGAAGGACCAUUGAGAUUCUACAGAGGAUUCUCGACAUACUACGUGCGCAUUGCACCUCACGCGUAA